ACAGCUCACCCAGCGGGGAAUGUAACUCAGAGCUUGGGAAGCGCCCGCGGGAGGAGUUUCUCUGGAGAGUCGUAAGCGGCCGCUGCCUUUCGCUCCCGUUGCCUCUGCGCCCUUGUCGCCGGCUCCUGUAGGAUGAGGAGGGUGCUUCGAGGUUCCUUUUCCACCUGCUGGGUGGCUCUGAUGGUCGCCACCUUGUGCUGCUGCGCGCACAGAGCAGCUUCUUCAGAUGACAAUCUUUUCACCAUCCGGCAUGAAAACUCUAAUAAAUGCAUCCAAGUUAAAAGCCAGCGCCUAAUAGCAGGAGGUUGUGAGGAGACAGACGAGAACUUAUGGACAUGGGUCUCUCAGCAUCGCCUUUUUAAUUUGGGAUCCCGAAAGUGCCUUGGACUAGAGACUGCCAAGUCUCCAAAUACCUUAAAAAUGUACGCUUGUGACUCAGAUCUCAUUCUGUGGUGGCGAUGUGUUGGUGAUUCCAUCUUUUCCGCAUCUCAAAACAAACUAGCUUUAAAGAAUGGAAUUGUCACUGUAAGCCUAAACUCUUCUGAUACUUGGAAAAGAAGCAAUUCCAGCGAUACGAUUUGUAAAAUUCCAUAUAGUGAAAUUUAUACCAGGGAUGGGAAUGCCUAUGGAAAACCUUGUGAGUUUCCUUUCUUACUGAAUAAUACAUGGCAUCAUGAUUGCAUUCUCAAUGAGAUGUAUGAAGGUGAUGAAUGGUGUUCCAUAACGACUUAUUUCAAUCAAGACCAAAAAAUGGGCUUCUGCUUAAAACCAGAGGAUGGCUGUCAAAAUACAUGGGAACGGUUUGCAGAUUCUGGAAACUGUUACCAGUUAAACACAGAGGCUGCCCUUUCUUGGAAAGCAGCAUACCUCUCCUGUAAGAAGCAAGGGAGUGAUUUGGUCAGCAUCACGAGUGCAUCUGAAUUAAGUUAUAUCCAAGCUAAAGAUGGUAUCGCAGAAAUAUUUUGGAUUGGAUUAAACCAGUUGGAUGUUUCUGGAGGCUGGCAGUGGUCAGAUCAUUCACCAUUGAACUUUAUGAACUGGAAUCCAGAGAUGCAGUAUUUAUCUCCAAUAGAAGGAAAUGACUGUGUAGCUAUGAAUGCUGACACAGGUGACUGGAAGAGUUAUACUUGUAACACUCUACUUCCUUAUGUCUGCAAGAAACAAGUCAAUGACAGUCAACUAGAUUUUCCAGAUGUUCAGAACUAUGCUGAGACUCAGUGUGAAUCUGACUGGUACCCGCACAAUGGAUUUUGCUAUAUGCUGAUGAACAGCACUGCUUCAUGGAAAGAUGCAUAUCAGUUAUGCAAUGAAAGCAAUAGUAGCCUGAUCAGUAUACAUUCCUUAGCAGAUGUUGAAUUAGUUGUUACAAAGCUUCAUAAUGAUACAAAAGACAAAGUGUGGAUAGGGUUAAUAAAUAAAGAUAUUCCAGCCUUGUUUAAGUGGUCAGAUGAUUCCAAAGUGGUGUUUACUUACUGGGAUCAGAAUGAACCAAAAGUUUCCUUCAAAAACAUUCCAAAUUGUGUCUCCUAUUCUGGAAAGUUUGGCCGAUGGAACAUCCUACCUUGUACCAAUAGGCUUAAGUUUGUGUGCAUGAAAAAAGGAAACGUUUUAGAUGAACGAAAAUCUGAUAAAGAUUGUUCUCCAAAUGAGGAAUGGAAGAAACAUGGAGAUUAUUGCUAUAAGAUUGACAAGAAUGAAGUCUCCUUUGGAAAUGUCUGCAAUCUUACCAUAGCAAAUAGAUUUGAACAAGAAUUCAUAAAUAAUUUAAUUAGAAUGCACAAUAAAGUUGAAGAAAAGUACUUCUGGACUGGCUUGCAAGAUCUCAGCUCUUCAGGGGAAUACAGAUGGGGAAGUGUGGAUGGAAAGAAUGAAAUACUAACAUUCACAAAUUGGGGUUCCUUUCAACCAGAAUUUCGUGGAGGAUGUGUGGCAAUGUCAAGUGGAAGACACCUUGGAAAAUGGGAAGUCAAGAAUUGCCAAACAUUUAAAGCUUACUCUAUUUGCAAGAAAUACAUUGGACCAAAGAGAGAACCAGAGAUACUGCCAAAAGUCACUGACCCUUGCCCACAAGGGUGGUCCAGGGGUUCAGGUCUUGCUUGUUAUAAGUUCUUUCAUAAGGAAAGAGUGCUGAGAACCAGAACUUGGGAGGAAGCUGAGAGAUUUUGUGAGGCUCUUGGAGGACAUCUUCCUAGUUUCAGCCACUCAGAAGAAAUUAGGGAGCUCCAUACAAUACUGAGGGAGACCAUCAGUGAUGACAGAUGGGUCUGGGUUGGGCUAAAUAAGAGGAAUCCUGAUCUUCUGGGAUCUUGGCAGUGGAGUGACGAUAAGCCUGUCUCAACUCCUGUUAUGCCCCCGGAAUUUAGAGAAGAUGACUAUGAUGCUCGAGAUUGUGCAGCUGUUAAGACGCUCAAAGCUAAACGCCGGCCACUGUGGGGUCUUUACUUCUUUGAUGAUAGAGAACAGGAUUUUUACUUAAAACCUUUCCAUUGUGGUGUAAAACUUGAAUGGGUAUGCCAGAUCACUAAAGGUAGCACUCCAAAGAUACCAGAAUGGUACAAACCAGAUGAAGAAGGAAUUCAUGGGCCAGCAGUGAAUAUUGAUGGGUCAGAAUUCUGGUUCGUGCCAAAUAAGCGUUUGAGCUAUCAAGAAGCUUCCUUGUAUUGUUCUAACAAUGGAAGUGAUUUAGCUUAUGUGACCUCUUUCACAGCACUGAAUGGAAUUCUAAACAGAAUAGUAAAACUACUGGACGAGGAUCAGAACUGGUGGUUGAAAUAUAGAAUUCCUGCAAGUCGCUACAGUUCCCACUUUUUUUCACGCUAUUAUGACCAUUACUUCAGAAACUGCUGGCAUAUCUCCUAUAGAUUCUGGUUCAGAGACGGUACGUUAAGUUGCGAUACAAAACUCCCUUUCAUUUGUGAAAGAAACAAUGCGUCGUUAUUGGAGACAGGCGAAUCAGACUAUAAACCACCUCAGGGAAGCUGUCCUGAAAAUUGGGUUUUUUUCCUGAAUAAGUGUUAUCGAAAGAUGACCCCUCAGGACAUGACAUUUAAAAAAGCAGAUGAAUAUUGUCAAUCUUUAGGAGGGUUCCUUCCUUCAAUCAAAAGCCAGACUGAACAAGAUUUUAUAACAUCCUUACUCCCCAGCAUGCCCCCAAAGAUUUGGAUUGGUUUAUACUUCCAGGUGCAUAUCCAUGAAAACAAGUGGACUGAUGGCGGUGAUUUAGACUAUGUCAACUUCCACCCUUUGCUUCAAGGAACACUAAGAAAAGUUCAGUUUGAUUUAUUUAAUGAGGAAGUGAAUAACCAGUGUGGUGUUUUCCUCAAUAACCCCAAGUCGUACUUAGGAACUUGGAAUUUUACUUCUUGUGCUGAUACUCUGUCUUUGGCCAUAUGUCAGAAGCAGCCAGAUGCUGUAGGAAACCAGACAGCACGAACACCUGAACGUACCAUGAAAUAUCUAAAUAUCACCUACACCAUAAUUCUGAGGAACUUGACGUGGCAUGAUGCCCAGGAGGAAUGCCUGAAGAACAAUAUGAGGCUGGUUAGCAUUACAGAACAAUAUCAGCAGGCUUUUCUUGGUUCUCAGGUGGCUCUCCAUAAUUACCAGCUCUGGAUUGGACUCUCCAGCAAAGAUGAUGGAAUACAUUAUCAGUGGUCAGAUAAAAAACACAUUAGCCUCAGUCGUUGGUCUGAAGAAGACAAAGAUUUAGUUGAUGACUGCGUGUAUUUGGAUACUGAUGGGUUCUGGAAGACAUCUGAAUGUUAUACAGAAAAACCAGGAGCAAUUUGCUACUUACCAGAAAAUGAUACUGAAGAGCAAGAAGCAUAUUAUGAAUCAAUUAGAUGUCCACACAGGAUUAAGAAUUCACCAUGGAUAGCAUAUCGAAACAGUUGUUACUCAUUUGUGAUACCAAAAACUAGAUGGAAAGGAUUGAGAUCAGUUGAAGCUAACCAUUUAUGCAGGAAAAUGAAUUCAAAUGCAUCUCUUUUGAAUGUCAAGGAUGAAGAUGAAAAUGAUUUUGUUAUUGAGCAGUUUCAUUCUUUCAGUGGCCUUGCUCAGUGGAUGUGGUUGGGUCUGCUUUAUGACACUAAGGAUAACCUUCUGAGGUGGUACGAUGAUACAUAUUUGUCGUAUAAUAACUGGAGAACGGGACGACCUAAUGUCAGGAAUAACUCCUUUCUUGCUGGUAUUAACCUGGAUGGUUUCUGGGACAUUUACAAUUAUACACAUAAUAACCGGUUACAUUUGCAAUUCAGUCUGCAUAGCGUCCUUGUCUGCAAGCUAGACCUGGACACCAAAGUGAACCAACCUCCACUUCCUAAAAAGCUGCCCUACAAAAAUAAUACCUAUUGGGUUCUUCAGAAACAGCUCAAUUGGUAUGAAGCUUGGAAAGAAUGCAAACAGAAAGGAAGUGAUUUAGCCAGCAUUCACAGUGUUUCUGAACAACUGUUUCUGGAAGACAUUGUAAAGCGUGAUGGAUUUCCACUCUGGAUUGGUUUAUCUAAUCAUAAUGGAAAUGAUUCCGAUUUUGAGUGGUCCGAUGGAAACACGUUCGACUACCAGCCUUGGGAAUAUCAGCAUUCUCAUUCUUCUGGAAAUUGUUUUGCUAUGGACACUAAAGGAAUUUGGAAUCGCAUGAAAUGCACCUAUCGAGGUGAUGGUGCUAUCUGCUACUAUCCUUCCAAUAAAAUGCAAUCAAAGCAAACUGAAACAUCACCAAAUUGUCCAAAACCUCCUAAUGGAUCAUCACAGUGGCUACACUACAAAGAUCAUUGCUAUGCAUUUGAUAUGGCAUUUUAUAAUUAUUCCACAUAUACUGGCAACACGGCUAAGAAAGUUUGCAAGAAACUUGAUCCUUCUGCAGAUCUUCUGACUAUCAAGGAUGCAGAGGAAAAUAAGUUUGUGAGCACACAUUUAAAAGAAUAUUAUUUUAUUACUGGAAAAGCAUGGCUUGGAAUGCAAUCUAAUGUCAAGUCCUUGAGCUGGCUUGAUGGCUCUGAGGUUAAAUAUACAAAUUGGAUCAAUGGAAGCGAGAAGGCUGAUGGUCAGUGCAGUGUUAUCUUUUCAACUAAUGGGGCAUGGUCCAAAACAGACUGCAAUAAUGAACCAAGCAGAGUUGUUUGCAAAGCUCCUCAAGUCCCUAGUCAUGCAGGAGGGGCAAUAGCAGUUUCUGUUUUAUUUAUUGUGGCCCUUCUUGCUGGAUUAAUAUACUUCCUGUAUAAAAAGAAGCAACUACGCUGGUCUGGAUUCUCUUCUGUUCGCUAUGAGCGGGGAAUGCAUGAUGAUGAAACUGAUGCCAUGUUUACCAGAGGUGAUGACUGAAGACCAUUUUCUGCUUGGCAUACUGAAACCAAUUUCUGAAUUGGCUCCAUGAGCACCUUCCAGAGAUGCUACUGACUUUCAUUCUCAAGGGUUUAUUGAUGCAUACCCUUUUUUCAAAUUUAGGAGAAAAGGGGUCUAACACCAAUCAAACUUUGCACUUUUCGUUAUCUGAGAUUUGCACAUGCCUUGAAGUAUGGUGCAUGGGACAAACCUGACGUUAGGAUAUCCUGUACCGUUUACCCAGAUGAAGUAAGAUAGAAGAGAGCCAGAGAAUCACUCGAAAUAUAACUUAUUGAAAAUAAACUAUGUGAUAGUUUAUGGUAUUAAACAUAUUAUAUUUUAAAGUUAAAGAUUAUUUUGAGUCAAGCUCAACUCCUGAUCUCUGCAUGUAUAGUUUACUUGGCAGCAGAAUGGAAAGACCUGGGAUUUGCCAGCCAAGCACCAAGCAGGUCUAAACUUACUUACCGUUUCUGAGGUCAGCCGAGGUCAGUGAGGUAUUGCUAUCUGCUGUGAUCCUUUUUAUUAUUCUUCAGAUCUCUUGGGGGCAUUCUGUUUUUCAUUAAAAGCUCCCAAGGAUUUCUUCCAUUUUGAUCAAAGUUACAAUUUAGAUUUUGAUUCAGUUACUGUGUUAACUUUUAAAGCUUGACUCUUAUUUUUAGAUACAACAAAAGAAGAGCAACAAGUUAUUGUCAGACUACAUUUUUCUUAGAUCUUUUCCUAAAUUUGCCGUAUACACUGGAACAAGUUAACCUCAGUGCAAGGCCUAAAUGAAAGCUUCAGAACCCCAGCCUCCAUUCACUGUCCCAGAUUCAUGAAUGGAAGUGUGCUGCGCAAUGUGAAAGUUUGACAUUGGUGUUUAUUAUUAUUAUUUAUGUUAGACUUCACAUUUUUCAAAAGAGGUACUAUUAAGCUUUUUUCUUGUUAGCAUUGGAAAUGACUAACCUAAAGUCUUAGUCAUGGUCAGAAUGCUUUACUCAUGUUUAAAACUGGAGCAUCCAUAAUGCUUUGUUCUCUGUACAUAGCACCAUAUUAGUUAGUGAUUUCCCCUGUCCAUUCAUACUAUCAGUUUCCUGCUCCUGAUUCUUUGCUGUGCACGGAGGAAAUCCCAGGUGAUAGCUUUCUCUGAUGGUACUUGUAACAUGGAACAACUCCACACAGAGUAACCACAAUAUUUAAACCAGCCGUUAAUAAAUUUUACAAAAGUUAUGUUACAAAAAUCUUCUAAUUUGAAUAGUGGGGGUUUCCAAAGAGGUAGCUCGGCUGUCUUUUAAUAAGAAGCCAAAGAAUUUUGUGGCAUUUGAAAGACUAAUACAGUUGGUUAGUCUUUAAGGUGCCAAAACACUUCUAAUUUUAUGAUUUGAUUUGUAGCAUUUCAGAUUCAUCGCUUAUUUGAAGGGAAUAGAACAGUUUUUAUUAAAAUGGUUCCUUUACUUUAAUGAAUAAAGUCAGCUCUUUUAAAAGAUAGUGAAUAUCUGCCUUUGGAAUUAAUGAUAUGCAGACCUCUUUUCUUUUCUUUUUUUAAAUCAGGCAGGUGUUUCCUAUUCCAUAUAGGAGAGGAAAUGCCCUCCACAGCAGUUAUUAAAUAAAAGCUACCAUGUGCAUAUAGAUGUUCUUCCCCUUUAUGAAGUAAGGAACCUUUGCAUGCCUGGAGUUCUAUAUUCUGUGGUUCCAAUGUAAUAGAUACACAAUACUGUGCACAGAGAUAGAGCUGUGUGGUUGUUCUUAUCUUGCCUUGUGGCAAAACAAAAACCCAAGCCUACAACUGAUCUCUUUCCAAGUCCCUUUUUCCAAGACAUUUUGCAUGGUGUUUAUAAACAUGUGCAUAAGUACAUGCUUUUGUCUAGAUGAACAGGACAUUUGGACAGAAACCCAUCUUCCCUGCUAUUAAUUGCUCUACUUUCUCUAUGUUCAUUUCUGCGCUUUUAGCCUUUGAGGGCUAUUUUACCAUGAACUUUCCAGGGAUAUCACCACAAUGUGUGUGAAGACCUGAUAAAGAAAAGAGGUAGUUUGUACUCAAGGAGUGACGACUAUUCAGUUUUUUCACACCACUUGUAAAAGAAAUACUGGAUGGUUGUAUAUGCUCUGUGUCAGGAGUCAAAGGAAUAAGGGCCAAAACUAGAGAUGAGAGAAGUGCAUAGAGGGGAGAUAUGCCAAUGACCCUGCUCUUGUUGCAGUAUCUGAUAGAUACGCAUCAUCCUGGUGCAAGAGCACCCCAGAAAGUUUUUCCAGUUGCCGCUCGCUGGGGUCAGAAUGAUCAGCCUUCCAAAUACUGGCUCUUUGGUCACAUGGGGAGUGAUGUAGCUUUGCAACAAGAGCCACUUUAAGGAAGUAUAUGGAAGAAAACCCCAAAAUAUUUUCCAAAAUUGCUGAAAGGCCUUUGAUGGAGUAAACAAGAAUGAUAUGUCAUUCUGGGUACAGUCACAGAGGUGGGAAGAUGCCCUUUGCCUGUGUGAGGAACCAAAAUGCCUUUAUCCAAGUUCUUAAUUGAUAAUUAUAUUUGUUUACUGUUUAAUAAACUUUGCAUUUGAUAACAGCUUUUCCCUGCCCUGAGGUAGAGGCGCAAGUGCGUCCCUGCCAAAGAGGUGGUGGUUAAUGUUACCUUGGACAGACCUGGUCAGCCACUAGAUGGCCAGGAUUGAAAGCGAGGGAGAGCUGCAUUCAGUCCCCAUACACACCCCUGCAGAUCAAAAAAAAGCAGACCGCUUACCGUAUCUUAAAGGCAUACAAAGACUUCAUUACCAAGUACACAGGUGCCAGUCUGAAAUAAUGCUAGAGUUUAAAAGCAGUAGCGUUUUAUGUGUGCGAUGUUCUGUUGAAUACAUUUGUGCAACCAUACACAAGAUUAUUUUGCACUCAUGGGCUUCUUUUAAUGUGAAUCUAUACAUAGAAUAGGGAUAUUCAGCCUAGAAAUAAAUAUGAACAAAAUAUUCCAGUGUUUCUAUGAAGGGUUUACAAUCUAAAGUUUAUUUUGUAAAUUGUUUUUGUAAAUUGUUUUAAUUGUGUGGAAUUUGAUUUUUUCCCCACAAAAAUAUACUUGGACGUGUGGAGAAAUGUUGCGUGAACUAAUAGAAAUGCCUUAAUAUACCUAAUUAGCUCUCUUCGACAAAGUUUGCAGUGAAGCUUACCUGUGGUGGUGAUAGGAGAAACAGAAGAUUUAUAAAAAGCUUCAAUAAUUGCUAGAUUUGUAUGUACAAGAAAAUUAUGUUAACUCAGUUCUUUCCUCCUUAUUAAAAUGUUUUGUAAGCUUCAAUAUUUUUUUAAAAAAUGUCAAUGUUAAUAAAAUUGUAA